AUGUCCCCGAUGGGUGCCUCCUUCGCGCUCCUCGUUUCGUCGCUCCUCGUGGGCUCGCCGUCCGCCCAGCCCCAGCCGGAGGUCGUGCACGAAUGGACGUUCGUGGACUACGUCUGGCCCGACGAGGAGAGUCGGAUCGAGGCCUUGCAGAAUGGCGAUUACAUCCCGGAGAACUGCGCCAUCACGGGGCUCAAAGUCUACAACGGAGACAUCUUCGUGACGACCCCGCGCUGGAAGCCCGGCGUGCCCGCAGCCCUCUCCCGAGUGGUCGACGGCGUCCUGGCCCCGUACCCGCGGUGGGAGCUGCAGGAGAUCGGGAACUGCCACGCGUUCCAAUUCGUGCAGAGCAUGGAGAUCGACGCGUUGGGUCGCAUGUGGAUCAUCGACACGGGGAGGGCGGAGGGAUUCAACUACUCCGAGCCUUGCCCCGCGAAGCUCAGGGUUUGGGACAUCGCCGAUGAGCGAUUCAUUCGCAUGCACGAGUUUCCGAGUUCGGUCGUUCCGCCGACCAACUUUCUGAACGACAUCGUUGUGGACCUGACAGAGGAAGAUGCGUACGCGUAUAUCACCGAUGCCAACGAGGCAGCCCUGAUCGUUUACCGUUAUAGAAGAGAUGAAUCGUGGGUCGCCCGACACGAGGUCAUGCUGCCGACCCCAGGCGCAGAGACGAUCAUAAUCAACGGGGUCGAGUUUUCAACCAAUACUGCCAUCGACGGCAUUGCACUCUGGAACAGCGAGCAAGUUUACUUCUGUCCCCUGACGUCUUUUGAAUUGUAUUCGAUACCCACAGAAAUUCUGCGGAACGAGACCCUCGCAACGGGCAAUCUGGAUGACUACAUCAUCGAACAUCCGCAGAGACCGUCCCAAGCGGACGGCAUGGUCGUCGUCGGAGACACCUUGUACUUCGGUUCCCUGGCUGAAAACGCCAUCUAUUCCUACAGAGUCAACAAUUCGUACGAGAUGGUUGCGAGGGACGACGUCACGAUGGAGUGGGUCGACACGUUUGCGGUGUCCGAUGGGUAUUUGUGGUUUACCACCAACCGACUUCAUCUAUUUUUUCUCGGUCAACUGGCUGAAGAUGAACCAAAUUUCCGCAUCAUGCGCGUUCCAUUGUGAAUAAAAAGCACAUAUUGAGAGAAAUCACGUUAUCAGCGCAAAAAAUCAUUCAUAUAUAUUAAAUACAGCUAAGGGCGCUUGUUUGGUUCUCUAGCUGAAUUAGAGACGUACUUUCGAGUGAAAUAACUUUAUAAAAAAAACAUUGCGAAAU